GUUAGGGAUUUGGGCUAAUUAAUUAAGUUUCAAGCCCGAGAGUGAGUAAUUAUGGCAUCGUUCCAAAUUAAAGGAGACGGCGGCCCUGACAUAAUCUGCCAUGACAUUCAUCUGGUUUCUUCUAGAGGGUUUUGGAAACAAAGCAACCCGCUCGACUACGCUAUCCCUCUUCUGCUUCUGCAACUCUCUCUCAUUUCCAUGAGCUGCAGGCUCAUCGAUCUCUGUCUCCACCCGCUCCAACAGUCCUCCAUUGUCUCCCAAAUUUUAGGAGGAAUUGUAUUUGGCCCUUCACUUCUAGGACAAGAAAGCACCAUAGCAAGCAAUUUGUUUCCCAGAAGAAGCACCAUGGUGCUCGAAACAUUCGCCUCAUUUGGCCUCAUGUUUUUCUUCUUCAUAAUGGGAGUGAAGGCCGACGCUAGCAUGAUGUUCCGCCCGGGAAAGAUGGCCAUGGCGAUCGGCGCUCCGGUAAUGAUCUCCACCGCCGUGCUCACCACUGCUCUAUCCUUCCUUCUCAAGAAAUAUGUUUCCAUGGAUGACAGUCUCGCAAAAUCUCUCCCUCUCCUUGCAGCCUCCCAAACCUUGACUGCCUUUCCAAACAUCGCUUGCAUACUCACCGAGCUCAAGAUCUUCAACACCGACCUUGGCCGCCUAGCCAUGGCUUCCUCAAUGUUCUGUGAUAUACUCGGCUUUAGCUUGGUGGCAGUUGGUUUCACAGUGCUGGCAAAUACCCAUUUAAUUAGAGGAGUCAUGGCGCUUGUUUCGGCCCUUUCGUUUGUGGCCUUCGUGGUGUGUGUUUUCCGGCCCGUGGUGUUAUGGAUUCGGAGGAAUACGCCGGAAGAAAAGGCAAUCGGAGGGACGUGUAUCAGGAGCAUACUCGCCGCCGUUCUUCUAGCCGGCCUGGUAGGCGAGCUUAUCGGCCAGCAUUUCAUCUUCGGACCCAUGGUUUUGGGGUUGGCCGUGCCGGAAGGGCCGCCCUUAGGAGCAGCCAUAGUGGCGAAGCUCGAUUCGCUGAUUUCAUCGCUGCUCUAUCCCACCUUCCUCACUGUUAGUGGCCUGCAAACCAACAUCUUCAAGAUUGAUUUACAAGCUGCCUAUAUCGUCUUCACCAUAGUUCUCUUCGCUAGCUUGGUUAAGAUCACAACCGUAUUGAUAGCAGCAUAUUACAUUGGUAUUCCCUUACGGGAAGCUCUGGCGCUCGGGCUCUUGCUGAACGCCAAAGGUAUCUGCGAGCUUGUUGUUUACAACUUGUGCAGAGAUGGUGAGAUUUUGAGUGAUCAAGAGUUCGCCUUGGCUGUCAUCUCGGUGGUGGCGGUGACGGCGAUCAUAGUGCCGCUAAUAAAAAUACUCUACGAUCCAACUAGGCACAAGCUUCCAAUCAAAAGAAGAACCAUCCAUCAAUCAAAGCGCAGUGGGGAGCUGCGAAUCCUUGUCUGCAUCCACAAGCAAGAGAACAUCCCCACAGUUGUCAACCUUCUAGAAGCUUCAUGCGCCACAGAGGAUAGCCCCAUCGAAGUCACGGCGCUGCUGCUGGUAGAGCUCGUCGGCCGGACCACCCCAAUGCUCAUAGCCCACCAACCACACCAAUCUUCGAAGGGCCAUGCCAGCGGCAACAGGUCCGGCCACAUCGUCAACGCUUUGCAUCAAUACCAGGAUCGUCGGGAAGGAUGCGUCACCGUUCAAACUUACAGCGCCAUCUCGCAGAUGGAGAUCAUGCACGAAGACAUCUGUCGGAUGUCGAUAGAUAGCGGUGCCACCAUCGUAAUCGUCCCGUUCCACAAACAGUGGGCCAUCGACGGAAACAUCGAGCGAGUCAACCGUACCAUCCAACAGAUGAACAUCAAGGUCCUCGAGAAGGCGCCGUGCUCCGUCGGCAUCCUCAUUGAUAGGGGAAUUCUGAACGGGUCCCUUUCCAUCGUCAACUCCCAGUCAACGUACAACGUUGCCGUGGUCUACAUCGGCGGCCCCGACGACGUCGAGUCGCUAGCCUACGGCGCCCGCAUGGCCAACCAUGAAAACGUGACUCUCACGGUCAUCCGAUUCCUCCUCUUCGGCGGUGAUAACGCCAGAGAACGCAAGCUGGACAACGAUUUGAUCGAUGAAGUUCGGGAGGCCAACAUGAGGAACGAGGCGUUUUCGUACCAAGAAGCGGUGGUGAGAGAUGGGGUGGAGCUGACUGAGUGCAUUAGGCGAUUGGAAGAGGGUUUUGAUCUGAUUAUAGCUGGGAGGCAACACCAGGACUCGAGCAUUCUCCAGGGGCUGGGGGAGUGGAGCGAGUGCCCGGAGCUGGGUGUCAUCGGAGAUAUGCUGGCGUCGCCGGACUUUGGCAGCGCCGCGUCGGUGUUGGUGGUGCAACAGCAGAGAGUGGUAGGAGGGACGUUGGUGAAUCGCGCCACAAAAGGAGGAGGAGGUGGUGGUGGUGGUGCAGCUGAUCAUAGAGAUAUGGCCCUCCAUCUCCAUCAUGGUGUAGCAGCAGCGGCAACAUCUUCUACAUUUGGGGUUGAAAAUGGCCCAGCUGCCUGGCAUAUUUCAAUGGAAUGAGAUUAGAAUAAUUAUAAUCUAUUAAUUAAUUAAUUAGUUAUUUUUAAAAUUUUUUUGUUUUCACAUUCUCCAUUUCAAAAUUUUACUUUUGUCCUUCCAUUUGUUCUCCUCUCCUCAACAUGAUUAU